AUGCGAGGUGAAUGCAAGGGCCACGUGGCCAACGUCCUGAGCGCCUGCUUCGGGCACGGGGACUUCACCGUGACGGUGCUCCACCCCGGAGGUUGCAAUGAUGGGAGCGACAGCGCUGAGGUGAAGCGCACAGAAUUUCGGGUGUGGUCUGUCCUGCUCUCCAAGUGGUCGCCGAUCUUUGACAAAAUGAUCAGUUCGCCAAACUUCUGCGAAGCCAGCGAAAAGCAGGUGGUCAUCGGCGACUUCUCGGCCGAUGCUGUGGAGACCUUCCUCCGCUUCCUCUAUUCCGGGACGGUGGAGGGCUCUCUGGCAACCCUGGUAGAAGUGGCAGCCAUGGCGGACAAGUACCAGGUGGAUGAGCUCCUGGUUCUUUGCACUGAGGUCCUCCAAGAGCAGCUUACGAAGCAGCCCGAGCUGGCCUGCGAGCUCUUCGCCUGUGCCGACCGGUUUCAGGUGGCCAACCUCCGCUUGGAGGCCCUGGAGCAAAUCUGGAUCCAUGCCCGGGAGGCGCUACGCACUCGCCCCAACUUGAGUCUGAGGCUACUUGACGAGGUGCUGAACUUGGACUUGCUUUGCGCAGACACGGAAGAGAUACGAGAGCUGCUCAUCAGCUGGGGCAACAGCAAGAAGCGCAAGGCGUCGACGAUAAAGGAGGAGGAGGAGGAGGUGGAGGACGAGACAGACUUGUUUCAAGCCUCCCUCAACAAGCACAUCGCACGCCUGAGCCCUGCCUGGCGGCGUACGCCGGAGCACAGCAAUGAUGUGCUGACUUCCUUGUGGUUGGACUACGAGAAGGCUGGCAAGACGGGCGCAUUCCUGGGCUGUUGGGUGUCCAUGAUCCUGGGCCCGGACAGUGCGUUGUCCGCAAGUGACGACCCCUCGCUGCUCCAGAAGUACGCCGCAAAUGCUGAGAAAAUCCCGCGCUGUCUCGACUACGUGGUCUGGAUGCUGCCACAUUCUUCUGUCUACAUCAUGGGCUUCUCAUUCGCCCGCGAAGUUCUCGGCUUUACUCGCUUCAAAAUUUGCUGUUCCGAGGAUGGCUCCAAAUGGCAUGAAGUCUUCACUUCCACUGGAGGAAUUGAGAAGGGCGAGCUCGUGGCAUGCAAGAGGCUACCGCAGAUGGUCAGGUGGUUCAGGCUCUCUGUGUUGGAAGGCUGUUGGAGCAACAGCUUCAACAUCCAUGGCAUCUUGGGUGGGCGUAAGCCCACGAGGCGCACAUGA